AUAAACUCCCAGUACCACGAUCUGGAUAUUUCUACCAUUCUAGGACACACAAUGUGCAAAGGACUAUCAGCACUCCCUAAUAACUGCCUGGAAAGGGCUAAAGGGUUAAAAGCACGCAUGAACAGAUUUCUGCAGAAGCAAGACUGGAAGCUUCUCUGUUAUGCUUACAGGCUGAGAAAACCAAGACUGACCUUGGAGGAAUGCUUGAGGUGGAAGGGGUCUUUUGAAAAUCUGCUAUCUAGCAAACAUGGACUGUAUGCCUUUAGAGCUUUUCUGGUGUCUGAAUUCAGUGAGGAGAACAUCGCGUUUUACAUGGCCUGCAAGGAUUAUAAAAACACAAAGUCUGAAGCCAAACUCCAGGCCAAAGCUCAGAAGAUUUACAACGAGUUCAUCGGAAGCGAAGCUCCGAGAGAGGUCAACAUUGACCACGAGACUCGAGACAUUACGCAAGCCAACAUCAAGCGCCCUACAGAAGCCUGCUUCGAUCAAGCUCAAUACCGAAUCUACAUGCUCAUGGAAAAGGACUGCUACCCACGAUUCCUCCGAUCCAGCGCUUACCGUGACCUGGUGAGCCAGCUAACUAAAAAGAAUGCCAAAGCUGCUACCAAGAAAGCCUGAGAAGGUUUUUAUUUUUUUCCAAAGAAGCUGAAGAGAUGUGAGAGAAGUGCUGAAACUCUGAUGGAUGGAAGCCCAGAUUUUUUGAGAUGGCCCCUGCGCUGAUCUUGAUAUAGAUGAGCUGGGCUGUAAUUAAGGGAAGAAGGCAGAGACAAGUGGCAGCUUCAGAUCGUCAACUGUAGCAGCCUCGGGUGGGAGAAGACUUCCACGUUCUGUCCUUUUCAUGGGAUGAAAGAGAAAGUCACAGACUUGUGUAGCAUCUCCAUCACAGCCACACCAACAUGCUGAGAGCGACCAUCCAAUAAUUUUGGAUAUAUUCAAAUAAGCUCUUAAAAUUAUAGUAAAGAUUUUGUAUUUUUUGACACUACAUUAUGACGAGGAGGGGAAUGAAAUAGCGAUUAUUUAUUUCUAUAUUUAUUGAUAUAUUUAUUUGUUUACCAUUUGUCUUUUUUUGAGAACGUGUGCAAUAUUUUCUUGACUGUACUUUCUGAGGUGAAUAUAUGAAUAAAUAAAUGAAUAAAUAAAUAAAUACAAACAUAUAAA